AUGAUAGUAUUUCCUAAUGCACCAGUCUUCAUUUUUUUUUUUUUUCUAAUUCUAAAAGAAAAUGCGAAUUGUUUUAAUCAAAAUGAGAACAUCACCCAAUUAAGACAAAUGAUAGAUAACAUAGAGUUAUAUGAGGAUUUAUUAGAAUUAGAAAGAUUAAUAAUUCAAUCAUUAGAAUUAGAUGAAUUAAAACUUCCUAUAUUAAAAGAAGGAACUAUAGCAUAUCCUGAUUUAUCCAAUUUUAAAAAAGUAAAAAUAACUUUCGAAAAUAAAAAAACAUAUGAUUAUAUUAUACCUACUCCUAAAUCUAACGCUAAAGAUUUAAUAGAAUAUGAGCAUAUUACAAAAAAACAGCUUAUGGAAUCUUAUAACUCUGAAAACUCUAAUUUAAUUAAAAGAAAAAAUUUAAUUGUGAGAACUUUGAGAAUAGUAAAAUUAAUGUUAGAACCAAUGAAUGCUUAUAAAAGGACAAGGAAGUUAAAACAGUCAUUAAUUCAACUAAAUGAUUUAUUCACCAACACAGAAAAAAAAUCACAAAAAGACGUUCCCACUUCAUUUUUUCAGUCAUGUUUUCAAUCCCUUAACUCUAAUUCUAGUAAAAUAAGAAAAAAAAAUAUGUUUCCAUCUAGAACACUAGGUUAUAUUGACUUAGAUAUACUUCAUCCUAAGGAUUUAUUUUUUACAAUUCAUCCAAAUAUUGAUUAUAUGAGAAAGUUAGACAAGCUAUCUAUUUACUAUGACUUAGGAAUAUUUAAUUUAGUUGGUUCUCAUCUUAUAGCACUAGGACAUUUUAUUGUAUUAAGGUUAGCUCUUAAGAAAUUUUUUGAAUAUUUUAAACUAGGAGUUAAAAAAUUUUUUAGUUGGCAAACAAUUUUACAUUUUAAUAUAUCAGAUAGGUUUAAAGCACUAGAUUUAAUGUGUGAUUCAGGAGGUGCAUACCAAGCAGAAAUGAAAAGAAGAAAGACUUAUUUAAAGAAAAAUAUAAAAUCAACAUCUGAGGAUUGUAGUAUAUUAGAAGUUUUAAUUCAUUAUAUAAAUAAAUAUCAAUUAGAGUUACUUACUAGUGCAUAUCAAGCUAAUUUAAAAAUUCAGGCUUUAUUAGAGUACAAACAUGUAAAAGAAGAAUUUUUCAAUUUUAUGUGCAAUGGUAAGAAUAAUUGUAAUAUAUAUGACAGCUAUAAAUUUAAAAGUGAAUACUAUAAAAGGAGUCUAUUAAAAAUUGAAACUAGUAAAAGUUCAAGAAUAAAUCCAUUUAAUUUAUACAUAAAUUUUUUUUAUUUUAUAAAAAGUUAUAACUAUUUUAGUCAUAAAAAUAUUUUAUACGUACACUUUUUAAACCUAACUGGAAUUUUAAAUAGGGAAAAUAAAGCUUAUGUAGGCUCUAUCUAUCUACCAGGAUAUUAUAAUGCUGUUGAAUUAUCUUUUAAUGAAGAUUCUAAGAUUACAGAUCUUUAUGAGAAUUUGCUAGAAUGUGUUGAUGUUUGCCAUAAAUCUUAUAAAAAUUAUAAAAUAUCAUCAUAUGAUAUUGAUUCAUUGUUAAAUCACGAAAAAAAUGAUUCACCAAAAUGUAAUAUGUGCAAAGGAACAUUAUUUUAUAUUAAUAGUAAAAGUGAAAACAAUAUUUCCAUGCUACAGAAAUUUUAUAUAUAUAUUACUGAAGUUGUUAAAGUAAAUAACAUAAAUUCAUUAAUAAAAGAUAUGAACGUUUAUGAGGAUUAUGAUAAUUUUUUAACUCAUGAUAUUAAUUGGUAUACUUUUUUACUAUUAUUCAGAUUGACCACUUACAAAGAUAUUUCCCAUAAAAAUGUAUCCGAAGCUAUGUAUCUUAACUUAAAAAAAGAAGAUAUGUUUAAAAGAACUAUUACUACAAGUUAUUGGUUUCCUUCUCCAAUAAAAAAAGCUUAUUCUUUAUAUGUGAGAAAGAAUAAAUCUGUGAACUUAGUAGAGAAGUUAGAAAAAUUAUUAAGUAGUAAAACUAUAGACAAAAUGAAAAAGUGUAUACAAUUUAUGGUUCAUGUAAAUUCUUUUCUACAAUUAGAUUUUUUUUAUUACCUUAAUGAACCUCCUCUUGGAAAACAACAUACGUAUCCUUUAUCUAUGUUACUUGAAAGUAAAUUUAAAAAGUGGCAUGAUAAUUCUUUAAUAGGUUAUUUUUUUCUAAAUUAUGAAGAAGAGAGUAUGAGAAAGCAAAUGCAAGAAAAAAUAAGAAAUGGAGAGAUUAUAAUACCCAAAUAUAGUAAAUGGAUUCUUAUCUUGAAAAAAUAUAUAGAGAAAUCAUAUGAAUCAUAUUUUAAUCAAAGGAAUGUAAAAAAUUUAUAUAAAUAUCAUGAUUCUUAUAAUAUAAAUAAUAAAAUAAUGCUAAUGAGAGAUUCAUAUGAUUUAUAUUCAAAGAAUUAUGAAGAUAUUAUUUUUUUUGCUGACAUAUUUAAUCUUAGAAAACACCUAACAGCUACUCCUCCAGCAAAAAAGAGAAAAGAUAAAUUGUACUAUUUUAUAAAUGCUAUUUCUGGGAAUACUGUUAAUCUUUAUAAAUAUGGGAUUAUAUAUGGAUUCACAAUAAAUGAAGUAUAUCUGAAAGAAAUUGUUGAUGAAUUACUUGCAAUAUAUAAAAUCCAUAUAGACUUAUUUUCGGAUAUCUCCUUUUUGCAAACAGUUUAUUUACUUUUUAGAAAAAUUGAAAAAAGUUUCAGAACACAAAGAAGAAACGAUAAAAUUAGCAUGAAUAAUGUAUUUUUUUUAAAUGUUAGAAAUGAUUAUUCUAAAUUAAACAAAGAAGAAAGAAAAAAGGAGAUAAAUAAUUCGAUGGCAUCUAAGUUUUUUUCAAAAACUCUAUUUUCUGUAUUUCAAAUGAUGUUCUCUAUGAAGUUAAGCAAUGAUGCUGAUGAUCUUGAUAAAAAAUAUGGUUCUGCUAGUAUGAUUGGACUAACAGUAGAAGAAAAACCAUUUGUUCAUUUUGCUUAUGCAUUUUAUGGUAGUAUAAUGGACAGUAUAACAAAUAGUUUUUUGCCUAUAUAUGCAAAAAAACCAAUUACUCAACUAAAAUAUGGAAAAACAUUUAUUUUCUCUAAUUUGUUUAAAUUGUGCCAUCAUAUAUAUUCAAUACUAAAUUUAAAUAAUUUAAGUAUUUUAUGUGAAAAUCAAGCAGUAACUAGUGCUAAUUAUUAUUCCAAUAAAAAAGUAUCACAAUUUAUAGACAGAAAAUUUUUACCUGUUGUUUUAAAUUUUUUUGUUCUUAGAGUUAAAGAAGUUGCAAGAGAAGCAUCUACUAGUCCACAACCUUACAUAAAUCAAUUUCUUUGGCCAAAAAAUUCCUUACCUAUUUGCCAAAUGAGUAUACACUUGGCUUCUAGUAUAUAUAUGGCAUCAAAUGAAUUUUUUCCAUCAGGAUUUAGGGGAGAAUUACGAGAACAAACAAAACAUUCUAUGCUCUCACAACCCAGUAUGAAGCCAAGUGUUCACGGAAUUAGCAAGAAAAGAGUAAUAGAUAUUUUUAAAGGAGUAUCUAUUACUAUAUUUAUGCAUCAUUUUAUGCGAUGGUAUGCUUUUUAUGAAAAUGUUACUUAUGUAUUUGGAAAUAUUCGUGUUUUUGAAAGAUUUUAUCGAGUAGUUGAGCAUUAUAUUUAUAAUUUUCUCAAAACAAAUUUUAAAAAAAUGACUACUGAUAUUUUUUUAAAUUCAAUGGAACGAGCUUACACAACCAUAAAAAAUAGAGGUUAUCAACAAGAAGCAAUUGAAGCUAGAAUUUCUGCUAAAAAAAUUAAUAAGCAAUCAAUAUUGAGAAAUGUUGAAGAGAAAAUAUAUUCUUUAACACCCCAAGAUAUUGAAACCUUGCUAAAAGAUGAAAAUACUUUCUAUAUAGAUGAUGAUUCUUUUUUCGAAGAAACAGAUGAAAAUGAGAUGUUUUUAAAUGAAAGAAAAACUAUAUGCUAUAGAGAUGUAGAUAAAAACAAUUCAAAUUUAAUAUCAAUAACUAGAUGGGCACAAAGAGAAUCAAAAGAUCAUAAUAUUAAUGACCCAAAUGCAAUGGAAGGACCAAGUACAAGUGGAGAAAGCCAAAAAACACAAAAAAAAAAAAAUCUAAAUGAUACAGAAGAUAAUGAAACCGAUAACGUACUGAUGAUUUCGAGAAACGUAAAUAGUGAAAUAUCACAUGGUAAUCAUACUAAUGUAUAUUGUGAUAGAAUAUAA